CAAUCCAGUUUCGGGCAAUGGGUCCUGGAUUAUUCUAGACGGAUACCGGGGAAUCCAUGUAAUGCCCUGUUUCCAAUUAGGAGGAGAAAGGAUCGUGUGCUUUGAUGUUCCUUAGGAUCAUUAAUAUGCAUCUAAACCGCUCGAGAGCCUGAUAUAUCGCAUCGAUUAUUCACUGAGCACGAGCCGGGUGAAGCUUUCCAGACCUCGUCACCCUUGCCAAUGUUGUAACGCGACUCCUAGGCCCCACGGCUACCAAGAUCUUCAACAUACUCGAAUUCUGGGGGAUAGGAUAUAUGUAUAUGAAUGAUCGCCUGCAACCCCGGUGACGAUCUCUUUUAUUGUUUGGGUCGACUCAUCUCGUGGAUCUAUCCUGACCUUAUCUGGACGGGACUGCACAGAUGUUUUAAUGAUCAGUCACCAUAUCAGAACCCAUCCAAGCCUCUCCAAUGGCGACGAACCCUAAUCCCACGAGCUGGCUCCAAAACCUGGGUAUCGCCAUCGAAGUGGUAUGUCCAGUGCUCGCGCUGAUAGUUGUUGGCUUGAGGACUUAUAUCAGAAUCGACACGAAGAGCUUUGGAUGGGACGAUGGCCUCAUCGUUGCUGCAAUGGUCUUUAGCAUCGCUUUAGCAGUAGGCUCUAUCAAAGUUAUGAAGGAGUUAUACAUAGGAAUUCAUUACUACGAUGUGCCGCAACCCUUUGAUCCCACCGAGGGACUGAUUUGGAUAUACGUUGUCGGCGCCGUUUACCAACCCAUCUUAACCCUGGUGAAACAGUCUGUCCUCGUCUUUCUACUUCGGUUUUCAGGUAUUAAGGCAGGCGUCCGAUACGUCGUCUGGGGCACUAUCGUCUUUAACACAGUCUUGAUGCUCGCCAUUCUCCUGACCGUCAUAUUCCAAUGCACUCCUAUCGAGCUCAACUGGCAUCCAUUGGUACCUGGGAAAUGCAUUCAACAGUUCACCUUCGGUGUGGUAGCUGCAUGUAUGACUAUUGCAACUGAUGUGGUCUCAGUCGCUCUUCCAUUUUACAUUUUUCUGGGCUUGAAGAUACGUAAGAACAGGAAGGUUGCCUUAAUUGGAGUUUUCAUGCUAGGUGUACUCGUUACCAUCGUCAGCGUCAUUCGUCUCUACUUCCUCGCUCAAAACUUCCAUGACCAAAGUCCAGAUAAGAACUUCUCUGUCGGCUUCUGUGUCUCUUCGAUCGAGUGCAAUUUGGCUAUUCUAACUGCAUCGGCUCCCGCACUUUGGCCACUUAUUCGUCGUUGGGUACCGCAUCUCAAGUCGACCGGCAACCACUCUUAUUAUGGUCAUCACAAGUACGGGGGUGCCUCGCAUGCGCAGCAGGGCUACAUCAGGACUACCGAUGGACCAGAUAAUAACGAUAUCGGCUUAAAAGACAUGGAUAGCCGGCGAACCCGUACCGAAGUCCGGUCCGCGCGAGAUUCAGACGAAGAAAUUCUUACAGGAACAGGGAUCAUGCGCACUACACAGUUUACCGUCUCAACUGAGGACGAAUAUCCACGAAAGGGGCCAAGAGCCAACUAUGAAGGCCAAGCGACGCAUUCAAAAGCCUCGAGUAAUGCUUCCUUAUGAGUUAUGAUGUACAAUAGCAGCUGAAGCGAGGGAAUGUUGUGGUAGGGGCAAGGGGGCCAACACAUUUCCCUUUAACUACCGUCAAAUUCUACCGGUUCAUCAUGUAUAUAUUUAGGUACCUUGGCAAGAAGAGAAAAAAAAUAUUAACAAAAACAUAGAUGC